AUGGCCCGGUAUCGCCCGCCUCCCCCUCCGCCCAACCCCCUCCGUCUCGGUGGUGUCGUGCGCUACGACCAGAUGCCGUCGCGCGGCCCGUUCGGCCUCAAGCGUGCGCUUUGGAUCCAGGGCGUCCGCAUCGACGGUCACCUCGGCACGGCAAUGCUUGAGUGGUGGGAGGCUCUCAUCGUCGGCAUCGUCGUCCUCCCGAUCACGGCCUUAUUCUGGUACUCGUGCUUCAAGUACUUCCCGAGCCAGUUCCACUACAUGUCGCGCCGGUUCGCGUACUACGUCUUUGGUGAUGAGAACGUCGACAUGAUCGCCGCUGUUCGCGGGUACAUUGCCGAGCUGCUCAACCUGCUGUGGUUCUACAUCCGCGGCGCUGCUGCCAAAGCAGCCGUCGGACACGAGCUCUAA